GUAGGAAUAGGAAUAGUUGCCGGGAAACAGAGCUUUUCCGAUCUCUCCGCUUAUAACGCCACGGAGGGGAAAAACCAGGAACGGAAUCAAAUGUGAUGGGAGGCGGUUUUUCGUGUCUCUUCCCGUGUCUCAAUCCGGUCGACCAAACCCACCAAGCGGAUUUGUUAUUCACAGAGCCCCUCGACGAAACCCUAGGCCAUAGUUUCUGCUACGUUCCUUCCUCUGCUCGUUUCCUCUCACCUUCACACUCAGACCGUCUCUCACCUUCUUCCUCUCUCCGCCUCUCUCCUUCUCACGACCCUAAGACCACCUUGUUCAAGUCCAUCUCCGGCGCUUCCGUCAGUGCCAACACCUCCGCUCCUAGAACUGUUCUCCAACACGAUCAUAUUUAUGAAGAUGCCACUGACUUUUCUGCUGGUUCUGCUUCAAGGUCCAGCACCGUCGUCAAUGGCUUUGAGAGUACAUCUUCAUUCACUGCUCUUCCUCUUCAGCCAGUUCCUCGCGGUGGUGGUGACGCUUCCGGUCCGAUCGACAGGGGGUUUUUCAUGUCCGGUCCGAUUGAGCGAGGUGCGCUUUCCGGUCCGCUCGAUGUGAACUCCGCCUCCGACGGCGGCGGGGUUCACUUUUCAGCUCCGCUUGGUGGCCUUUACGUAAAAAGGAGGAGAAAGAAGGGUAUUUCGGAUAUCCGGAAGGCUUUCUACCGGAACUUUUCGGACAAGAAGAGACCCUGGGUCGUACCCGUUCUGAAUUUCGUCGGACGGAAAGAGGCACAAUCGGCUGCGGCAGCGACGACAGCUGCUUACGGUGGUGGUGAUGGUGAGUUGGAGGGGAAGAAUGAUAGUGUACAGUGGGCCCAUGGGAAGGCCGGGGAGGAUCGGGUUCACGUGGUGGUGUCUGAAGAACACGGGUGGCUCUUCGUCGGAAUCUAUGAUGGCUUCAAUGGCCCAGAUGCGCCGGAAUUCUUGAUGGGUAAUCUCUAUCGUGCUGUCUUUACUGAGCUCCAUGGAUUGUUUUGGAAGAAUGAUGACGACCAGGAUCGCUCGAUAGUUACAGCUCGGCAAGAACAACACGAUCAAGAAGACGAGGGCAAAGUUGGUAUUUCACUGACUGAACCGGUACCGGAACAGCAACCGUCGUCGCUGGGGGUGAACGAUCCGCAGGUGUCGGUGAAGCGAGUGACGUUUCAGCAGGAGCAGAAGAGCGGAGCUGUGAGGAAACCUCUUUGGGAGUUUCUUGCAGAAGAUAGCGCCGAUGAUGGGCUUGACCUUUCUGGAUCGAACCGAUUUGCGUUCUCCGUUGAUGAUGCCCUACGGGUUAGUAAUGCCGGUACAGGCAGGAGAAGAAGGUCACUGUUGUUGUCGAAGCUGAGAUAUGGUUUCUCCAAGAGCAGCAGGGAAGGUGGUCAGAGCAGAGAGUUGUUCCCUUGGAGAUACGAUUUGGAAGAGAAAGAGAAGAUUGAGGUUGAGAAUAGAGCAGAUGAGAGAACUUGCAGGAGUUUCAGGAAACGUACGGUCGGCCCCAUUGAUCAUGAAUCUGUUUUGAGGGCUAUAUCAAAAGCUCUUGAGGUCACUGAGUCUGCAUACUUGGAGAUGACAGAUAAGGUUCUUGAUCGAUACCCGGAGUUGGCUUUAAUGGGUUCAUGUUUGUUGGUUGUAUUGAUGAGAGAUGAGGAUGUGUAUGUGAUGAAUGUGGGUGAUAGUCGUGCAAUUGUGGCCCAGUAUCAGCCACAUGCGAUUGAUAGUAGUAGUAGUCAAAGGGGAGGGAAUGAUGGGGCAGAGACGGAGGGUAUUGUGGAAGAGUCCAGUGGUGGUGGUGGUGGUUAUCAGGUGGGUAGGUUGGCAAACGAGGCUCAUGCUGAAAGAAUGAGAUUGACUGCGUUGCAGCUGUCCACUGAUCACAGCACAAGCAUCGAAGAAGAAGUCUUACGAAUCAAGGAAGAACACCCAGAUGACAGCCAAUGUAUUGUCAAUGAUAGGGUUAAAGGUCGUCUAAAGGUGACCCGGGCAUUUGGUGCUGGAUUUCUCAAACAGCCUAAGUUGAAUAGUGCAUUACUGGAGAUAUUCCGGAAUGAUUAUAUUGGUAGUGCACCAUACAUAUCCUGCUGUCCUUCUCUUCGUCACCAUAAACUUGGUGCCAGUGACCAAUUCUUAGUCCUUUCAUCCGAUGGUCUAUAUCAGUAUUUCACUAAUGAGGAAGUGGUUUCUCAUGUCGAGGGUUUCAUGGAGAGGUUUCCUGAUGGAGAUCCAGCUCAACACUUGAUUGAGGAGCUUCUGUACCGGGCAGCCAAGAAAGCUGGAAUGGAUUUCCAUGAGUUACUGGACAUCCCGCAAGGAGACCGCAGGAAGUACCAUGAUGAUGUUACUGUCAUGGUGAUAUCACUUGAAGGAAGAAUAUGGAAGUCAUCUGGAAAAUAUUUGUGAGGGGUCCAAUACUGUGAGUCCACUUCAGCAUCUCUUUUGGAAAUGAGCUAAUUCAGCAUACAAUGGAUUUGCCAUCCAAUUUGGCUGGCUCCAUUAACAGAUCCAUUUUUCAUGGGUCCCAUGCAAAUUCACUGAUCUUGCAAUUGCUGGGAUGAGCACCAGGUAUGGGAAAGAACCCUGUAUGAUUGGCCGGGGCUGAUGCUAAAUAUGCAUGACGGCUGCUUCUUUUCCCAAACAGUUGCCAUGGUUGGGUUCAGGAGGAACUCUGGGAGAGCUUGUAAGUCAUUUAGCUUGGGAAGAGCUUUUGGGUACAGGGUUGGUUUUUCCAUCUUAGGAUUUUUCUUUUGCAGGGAAAGAAAAGAGGGGGGGGGGGUCUUUGGAUACAUUUGUGCCUUUUGUUUUUCUUUUCCUAUCCUUUAUUUUAUCAGGAGGAAAUAUGUUAUCAAAAGGGAGAGGGAAAAAAAGGGGGGGGGGGGGAAGGGGUUGUAUUUUCUUACCAAUCGUGAACAUUCCUUGUCAAAAAUGAGCAUUUGUAAUUUUGUAGGUGGUAUUCAGCCACAGGUAUAAAAAUUAAAUUUUCAAGA